GUCCGUUUGUGAGGUCUGCAUUCUUCCGGCUUAGCUGUGUGUUGUUGAAAAGAAAAGACGAAUGGAAAAAUUGUAACUCUGCAAAUACGGUUGUGGAAUAACGGAAGAUGAGUUCGCAACAGUUCCCGAGACACGGAAUGCCCGCUUCUGGAGGAGGGCCUCCCCAGAUCCCGGGCGGAAACUUGGUGCCUUUAAACCCGUCACCAAACCAACCAGCAGGAGGAGAUGCGGAGGGCAGCCGUGAUGCUGAUCAUGGGCCGCAAGAUCGGCCGCCCAGCAGCGGCGGUGGAGGAGCAGCGCUCUCGUUCAGGGAGGAUAAGCAGGAAACGGUGAUGGUGCGUCCCUACGGCCCACCCCAAGGUCUUCCCCAGCAGCUCCCCAUCCAGCCCGGCCCUCCAGUCACAGUGUCAGCUCCUCCCAUCCACCUGGCCCAGGUGGCUGGCCAGCCCACUGCCCUCACAGAGGGCCAGAUGAAGGCUGUCCUGAAGUCACCGAUCCCCAGUCGUCUCAUCGCCCCGGCGCCCGCUUUGAACCAGGGCCACCUCGCCGUCCCCCCCAAGGUGCCCGGACACAUCACGGUCACUCUGGAGAGCAGCAUCACUCCGACUCCUUCCAUCCCCGUGGCAACCAUCAGUAGUCAGCAGGGUCACUCCAGUAACCUGCACCAUCUCAUGCCUGCUAACAUCCAGAUUAUCAGGAGUAGUGCCCCGCCCCUGCAGAUUGGGGCCACCGCCGCCCCUUCACAGACAUUCACCUCCCAUCUACCCAGAGGGGCGGCUGCUGCAGCUGUCAUGUCCAGCUCUAAAGGCGCCACAGUUCUGCGUCCAGCAUCUGGAGCCGGGGCCGGGCCAGGCCCGUCCACCGUUCAGCACAUCCUCCACCAGCCCACCCAGACCCGUCCCCCUGUCUCCACCUCCUCAGCGGUGCUGCCCACCGUGGUGACCCCCAUCUCUGUCAGCAGGACCCAGGGCUCCGUCAUCAGUCCUGCUGUCACACACUCCACUGAGAUGGUGCACGCGCGUCCAGGGCUGACCAUCCACCCUCCCCCGAACACCCUCAGCAUCCAGCGUCCCCAGGCCAGCAGGGACACGGCCACACGCAUCACCCUGCCCUCCCACCCCCCCAUCGUGGCCCAGAAGCCCCAACCGCCCCACGCCAUGACCCAGAAGUCCAUCUUCAGUUCUGUGACGCCCGUCGCUGCAGCCACAGUGGCUCCCAUCGUCGCCACAAACACCGUCCCCGCCACAACCACUACAGGAUCUGUGCCACACACCCAAAUGAACAGUAGCACCAUCGUCACCAUGACGAUGCCCUCUCACUCCUCUCACGCCACCGCAGUGACCACGUCUGCCAUCCCCGUUGCCAAGGUGGUGCCCCAGCCCAUAGCCCACACCUCCCCUCGCAUCCAGCCGGACUACCCUGGGGAGCGAACUAACCUCAUCUCCAUCUCUGGACAUCACUCCUCCCCCAACCCCGUCACCAUGGAGACCAGGAGCGACAACAGGCCGUCUGUUCCAGUCCAGUUCCAGUACUUCCUGCCGACCUACUCCUCGUCCCCGUACCCUCUGACCCACACCUACACCCCUAUCACCAGCUCUGUGUCCACCAUCCGCCAGUACCCAGUGACCCCCCAGGCUCCCAGCUCCGCCCUCCCCACCUCUGGGGGUGUUGGCAUGGCGACCACGGUCCACCUCAACCCCAUGCAGCUGAUGGGUCUGCAGUCUGCCCAGAUCAGCACCCAGGGAAUCCAGCCUGGACCAAUGGCAGCGCAGGGAAUCCAGCCUGCACCAAUGGCAGCCCAGGGUAUUCAGCCUGCAUCAAUCGGGGUGCAAGGCCUGCACACCUCUGCACCUAUCAGCACGCAGGGGAUUCAGCAGGCACCAAUUACAGCUCAGCAGCAGCAGCAGCCUCAGUCUGAUGCCAAACCUCCAGGCGUGGUGCUGACAGACGGCUCCACCUUCGUGGCGGUCACUAUCGGCAACACGUUCAGCGGCACGCAGCCCGUGGCAACCAUGGUGCAGACACACCCCCAGGCCGGGGGGGGCGGGGCCCCCACACUAGUCUCCUCCCCUCGGCCCAGCAUCCUCCGCAAGAAACCAGCCAAUGAGAGCUGUGUGCGUAAGAGCCUGAUAGCAGUGCAGCCAGGUGAGGUUGGCGGGGGAAGAGUGGAGGCCGGCCUCAGAGGGGCUGGGUCCCCUCGGCCUUCAGGUGUUAAACCCAAAGCGGAGGUCCACAUGACCAUGGCCCCUCCCAUCAUGGCGACGGUGGAGGCCCUCCCCUCCCAGGGGGCAGAGCAGCAAGCUGUCUCCUCCCCUGCCCAGCACCUGUCCCAGGCCAUCCCCACCCUGCUGGCCCCCCAGGGCCCCGCGCUGCCCUCCCAGCCCAGCUCUGUGCUCUCUGCCCUGCCUGCCGCCCUGGCCGUCACUCCCCCUGCCCCCGCCUCCAUGGCCAACACGGUGGCCUCCCCCACCCAGCCCGCGGCCAGCAGCACGGCCGCCUGCGCCUCCAGCACCGUCCUGCCGGACGUCAAGAUCAAGCAGGAGAUGGAGCCCAUGGACACGGCUCAGCCAGUGUCCGGCGGGUCCCUGUUGUCGGCUCCCGGCCUGGGCUGCCCACCCUCCUCCCUGGGGGGCCCGCCCUCCUCCCUGGGCGCCCCUCUCUCGGGGGAGCUGGUCCCCGGGGCGUCGCCCAGGAAGAAGCCCCGCAAGCAGCAACACGUCAUCUCCACGGAGGAGACGGAGAUGGUGGAGGCCACCAGCACGGACGAGGACCGGGCCUCGGGGAGGGGGCUGGGCCGGCCGGACCGCAGGGAGUCUCCCCCCAGGGAGUAUGUGGAUGAGGAGGGGGUGCGUUAUGUGCCGGUACGCCCGCGCCCCCCCAUCACCCUGCUCCGGCACUACCGCAACCCCUGGAAGGCAGCCUAUCACCACUUCCAGAGAUACAGCGACAUCCGGGUCAAAGAGGAGAAGAAGGGCUCCCUGCAGGAGAUGGCCAACCAGAGGGGGGUGGUGUGUCGGGCACAGGGCUGGAAGAUCCACCUGUGUGCCGCUCAGCUCAGACAGCUGUCCAGUCUGGAGCAUGACGUGUACACCAGACUGACCACCCUGCAGGAGGGUCUCAUCCCAAAGAAGAGGGCCGGGGGAGACGACGACCUGCACCGCAUCAACGAACUCAUACAGGGUAACAUGCAGCGCUGCAAGCUGGUGAUGGAUCAGGUGACGGAAGCCCGAGACACCAUGAUGAAGGUGCUAGACCACAAGGAGACGGUUCUGAAGCUGCUGAAUAAGACCACGGCCGUCAAGAAGUCCUCCAAGCUGAAGCGCAAGGAGCGGGCAUAGUCAAGGAGCGGGCAUAGACCAGGAGCCGGGCAUAGACCAGGAGCCGGGCAUAGACCAGGAGCCGGGCAUAAGUCCCCCCACACACCCCUCACCCCACCUUGGGAGGAAGGAGAGAGCUGCUCUGAACUUGGUGCUAAGAUUUGCUGCGCACAAUCGCCUUCCUUAUGUCCCUGCCUGAGGCUGGGCGGAGAGUAUCCAGGGGCUGGCUGGCCGCCGUGUCCCCAGGAAGAGAGGGCAUUGCUGGGGAUACGGCCAUCAGCAGGAGAGCCUCCGCUAACACCGGACUGGCUGAUUGGCUGAUGAACCCCGACAGUUUUGUUUAUUUUGUAGUUUUUUUUGGGGGGGGCGGGUUAUGUUCCAUAAAGACACUUGUUUUGUAGUUUUGAAAAUACGUUUGUUAAUGUUGCCUUUUCUUUCUUUCUGUGGAGGGAUGGGGGAUGGGAUGGGGAGAGUGGGUAAGUGACAGUGGGCUGUGUGUCUCUGGUCAAGCUUCUGUGAGAGGGAUGUUUGUGUGUCAGUGAAAAGAUCCAGGCAGGCUUUGGUAGGGGUGUAGGACAUCCCUGUUCAACACCUCCAUGGCUACCAUUCAACAUGUAGAGGUUUGGCUCCUCUGUUGCCUCGGUGACACAACGACCUGACCACCCUAGACACAAGCUCUGAUGUGAUACUGACCCUCACACUCACCACACACAUACACGCCACACACACCCAAAAGGACACACACAUGCCACACACUCAUACACGUCAGACACGCAACCUCUGCUUAUUUACCUGGUAUUUAUUUUAAACCAUGUUAUUCUUUUCAAUUGACAUGCCCAUCGUAGACAAAAUGAUGUACCGGUAAGCAGUGCACGGCCAGUGUUCCUGUCAGGGUAGACUGGGGUUACAGGCCUCUCUCUGUCUGCUGGGGGGACAGCCUCUCAGUCUGCGGGGGGGACAGCCUCUCUGUCU